GACCGGAAGCGGCCGGCUUCGGCUUCCGGCGUCGGGCGCGGAAGAUGGCGGAGCGGCAGGAGGCGCUGAGGGAGUUCGUGGCGGUGACCGGGGCGGAGGAGGAUCGCGCCCGCUUCUUCCUCGAGUCGGCGGGCGGGGACCUGCAGAUCGCCCUGGCCAGCUUCUAUGAGGACGGAGGGGACGAAGACAUCGUGCCCCUCCCCCAGCCCCUGGGCGGCACCGGGCCCCGUGAGCCCCCCCACAGCGAACACAGGGGGGUGACGUCGUUCAGAGACCUCGUGCACGCCCAAGAAGAUGAGGAGGAGGAAGAGGAAGGUCAGAGGUUCUACGCCGGGGGCUCGGAGCGCAGCGGUCAGCAGAUCGUGGGCCCCCCGCGCAAGCGUAGCCCCAACGAGCUGGUGGAGGACCUCUUCCGCGGGGCCAAGGAACACGGGGCCGUCGCCGUCGACCGACCCGCCAAGGGGGCCGGGGAGACCAACAGGCCCAAGCCGUUCGCCGGGGGCGGGUACCGCCUGGGCGCCGGCCCGCAGGAGGAGUCGGCCUACGUGGCCGGGGAGAGGAGGCAACAGCAACAGGCCGGGCAGGACGUCCACGUGGUGCUGAAGCUGUGGAAGGGAGGCUUCAGCCUGGACCAGGGCCAGCUGCGGGCCUACCAGGACCCCGCCAACGCACACUUCCUCGAGUCCAUCCGCAGAGGGGAGGUCCCGGCCGAGCUGCGUCGGCUGGCGAGGGGCGGGCAGGUGAACCUGGACAUGGAGGACCACCGCGACGAAGACUUCGUCAAGCCCAAGGGCUCCUUCAGGGCCUUCACGGGCCAGGGACAGAAGCUGGGCAGCACGGCCCCUCAGGUGCUGAGCUCGGAGCCGGCGGGCUGGGGGGCCGCCCCGCCGCCGCGCCGGGAGCCCGAGACCCCCGCCCCCUCCGGCCCCGCCGGCCCGCCGCCCCCCUCCGCCCCCGCCGGCCCGGACGUGGACGAGUCGCAGCCCACCACCAACGUCCAGGUGCGCCUCGCCGACGGACGGAGGCUCGUCCACAGGUUCAACCACAGCCACAGGAUCCGGGACGUCCGCCUCUUCAUCGUAGCAGCGUGCCCGGCCAUGGCCUCCGCCGGCUUCGUCCUGACCACCACCUUCCCCAACAAAGAGCUCACGGACGAGAGCCAGACGCUCAAGGAAGCCGACCUCCUCAACGCCGUCAUCGUCCAGCGGCUAGUGUGA